AGGCGAAAGCACCAAUCUAUUAUUUAGGGCAAAAAUUGUGGAAUGAAGAGAAAAGAAGAGGGGAGAAGGCAGAGGCACUUCGUUGUUUCGGAUAGAUCUCACACAGAGAAAUCGAUUUAAAAAACACAAGUUUUGGUAUGCUAAGUCUUACUCAAAUCUCUCCUACUACUCUGCCUCUACUUCUUCUUCUUCUGCUGUUGUUUUACUCUCUCUCUCUCUCUCACACAUAUACACUUAUACACAUAUGCACACUCGCGCUCAAACUCUAUAUACACAUACAUCUAACCUUUUGUGAAUUUUCCAUUUAAGCCCUAAUUUUACGUGCAUCCAAUUAAGGGGCUUUGUGGUAUUCCCGAGUUGUAUUUGAUUGAUUUUUUGGUUGAAAUUCUUUGCUAUAUGGACUAUUCUUCGACUUCGGGGGUUUCCCAUUUCAGUUGGAGGCUAGUUCAGGCAUGGGUUCCUUUGAUUAAAGAUUCUGUUGGUGGACUCCAGGCCUCAACCUCAAAUUGUGUUUAUUGUGUGACCAGACUUGAAACAUAAACAGGAUCAUGGCAGAGAACACUGAAAUUGAGGACCGUGUGGAUCUAGAUGAUGAUAAUUACUCUGAAGAAGACGAUGAUGUUGAAGAACCCAUGGAAGAUGAAGGAGCUGGAGAAGGUGGUGAAGAAAAUGAUGAAGAAUCUCACGAGGAUAUUGGGAAACAUCAAUCUCCAGUAACAGAUAAAAAUGACAUUCCUGCCGGUCAUGUCGAAGAUGAAGAGAACUCUGCAUUUAUUAAAGAAGAAGAGAAAGAGAAGCAUGCUGAACUUCUUGAUCUUCCUCCUCACGGUUCUGAAGUUUUCAUUGGAGGACUCUCUCGAGAUAUUUCAGAGGAAGACUUAAGGGAACUCUGUGAACCACUUGGCGAAAUUUUUGAGAUAAGAGUAAUGAAAAACAGAGAUACCGGUGAAAGUAAGGGCUUUGCUUUUGUAGCUUUCAGAACAAAAGAUGUUGCACAAAAGGCAAUCGAAGAAUUACAUAACAAAGAGUUUAAGGGCAGAAUACUGCGAUGUUCACUGUCAGAAACUAAGUACAGAUUGUUUAUAGGUAAUGUACCUAAGGUUUGGACUGAAGAUGAGUUUACAAAAAUCAUCGAAGCAACAGGUCCUGGUGCUGAAACCAUAGAGUUGAUAAAGGACCCUCAGAAUCCAGGUCGUAACCGUGGUUUUGCUUUUGUCGAAUAUUACAACAAUGCUUGUGCUGAUUAUUCUAGGCAACAAAUGGCUGCUGCGAGCUUCAAGCUGGAUGGUAACACCCCAACUGUAACGUGGGCUGAUCCAAAGAUUACACCUGAUCAUUCCGCUGCUGCUGCUCAGGUUAAGGCUCUGUACGUGAAGAAUAUACCUGAAAAUACACAAACUGAACAACUGAAGGAACUCUUCCAGCGUCAUGGGGAAGUCACAAAAGUUGUUAUGCCACCUGCCAAAAGUGGUGGAAAAAGAGAUUUUGGGUUUGUCCACUAUGCGGAAAGGUCAAGUGCAUUAAAGGCUGUCAAAGAGACAGAAAAGUAUGAGAUUAAUGGGCAUGUGAUAGAAGUUGUUCUUGCAAAGCCUCAGAGCGAGAAGAAGUUUGAUGCAGCUAAUCCCCACAAUCCUUCUCCAAUGCCGAACUAUAUACCCCAUCCAGGCUAUGCUGGUAUACCAGUGAAUCCUUAUUCACCUAUAGGUGCUGGAUAUGGGGCAGCAGCUGGGUUUCAGCCGCAGCAGCCCAUGAUUUAUGGAAGGGGACCAAUGCCAGCAGGAAUGCAGAUGGUGCCUAUGGUUUUACCAGAUGGUCGAAUUGGCUAUGUUCUUCAGCAGCCUGGUGUACAGAUGGCACCACCUGUGAGACCGCGGAGGAAUAAUGAUAGGAGCAACGGUGGAGGUGGACGAGGAGGGGGGACAAGCGGUGGUGGUAGCAAUGAUGAUAAUAACCGUAAUAGACGCUACCGACCCUACUAGAAGACAAGUAUAAUAUGAUACAUGUUGUAUUUGGAUAGCCUAGCUGUAGGAGGGGAGUUGAUCACUGUAACCCUGAGCUACUAGUACUACUUGAAUGCUAGGGGAAAUGGACAUGGAUAAUUUUGAGCAUUACACCACAUGCCAGCACCAACUACAUUUUCUCUUGUGACUUUUUUACCAUUUGGUUGUUUCUGUUGUUUGGGAUGAUGAGAUAAAAUAUCAAAACUGU